UUUGAUCUUUCGAGAUCUUCUUAGCUCUGGAUUUUCUUUUUCUUCUUUUGGAGGGAAACCAUUCUCGCGAUGGGAAUAGUUUUGUGAAAUUUAGCCUUUAUUUGAAGAAAAAAAUUUCUUGGUUUUAAUCAUCAUGCCAUCUGAAACAAUGGACCUCCAGAGUUUGUCUUCACCAUCUAUUUUCUCUGAUGAUUUGCGUUUUCCUACUGAGCGGCAGGUUGGAUUUUGGAAACUGGACACCGUGCUUGAUCAGCGAGCGUGCAAGAAAUCGGUUACUUCAUCAACCGUGGAGGAAAUUAUUCCGGUGGAAAGUCGGAUAAUAAGGUACCUGGACAAUGCUGAGCCUUUCACCAAGAAACACCAGAAAGUGAAUCUAUCUGUAGAUAGCGGUAUAGCAGGAGCAGAGAGAGUUCUGAAUCAAACAGUAAACUCGUCAAAACCUAUUAACCAAGGUCCGGGAACGAAGUUGAGUUACAUCGGAGAGGAAGGAAACAAUGUCAACACCUUGACUUCUCAGUUUGAGAACAGUCUUUUCUCCAGCUCGUUUACGGAGUUCUUCACUAGGAAGCUGAAAUUAUCUUCAGAUAAUGCACUAUAUGGAAAUUCAAUCGAUACGGUUUCCUCUUCGCACUAUGAGGAAGAGGAACCAUUUGAAUCUCUUGAAGAACUUGAGGCCCAAACCAUCGGAAACCUUCUUCCCGACGAUGAUGAAUUGUUUUCAUGUGUGACCGAAGGACUCGAUUUUGUUGUCCGACCAAAUGGUGCAGAGGAUGCAGAAGAGUUGGAUGUUUUUAGCAGUGUUGGAGGGAUGGAUUUAGGAGAUGAUGGUCGUACUGUUGAGCAUCCACAUAGUCCCUCUAAUGAUGCAAAUUUGGCUGUGACUGCAGUCGGGCCAAACUCGUCAAAUAACAUGGAUGUUGGAACUAGUUCGGGGUUGAACUCUGAUAUAAAAGCCCCUUUUCCGGAACCAACAAUUCCUCACUGUGUCUCUUCUGGUGUUUCUAAUGGUUUAAAAUCCAUGGUUAGAAUGGGAUCAAUAGGGCAUCAAUCCGUCACGACCGAGUCAGGUCACUUGCAAAUGAAACUUGAUGUCCAAGGCGAACCGGCAUUUUAUCCUCGUCCGAUGCCCAAGUAUCAAAAUGGUUCAAGUAGAGCUGUAAACAUCAAUUCCAAACCACUGCAAGUAAUUGAUAAUAAGACACUUUCCAGAAUUAGCUCAACCGGGCGCUUAUUUGAAUUCAGUAAUGCUGGUUUUCGAUCUGCUAGAAACGGAAGACAUCUUCUUCCCCGACAUCAUUAUCCGUGGAGUAACUCUUAUAAUCCCGAGCCUCCGAGUACGAUGUGGCCUAACUCACCUCCCAUUGUUAACGGAAUUUAUGCUGCUCAUCCCACAGCACAGCUUCACGGACUUCCGACGACACAUACGCUGAACCCCGGUGUGCCCAUAAUUAACUACCAUGUUGGAUCGGCACCAACUGUUAACCCGUCACUCUGGGACCGACAACAUACUUAUGGAGGACCACUGUUGUUUCACUCGAGGUCCUCGCUGUAUAAUGGGAGAGGGCAGAGCAUUCCGAUUACGAGAUCAGUUGAUUAUCCUCGUGAACAUGUUAGAAGCCGGAGGAAUGAAGUAAGUAUUAACCAGGCUGACAAGAAGCAAUAUGAACUUGACAUGGAACGUAUAAUACGAGGGGAAGACAAGCGAACAACGCUCAUGUUGAAGAACAUUCCUAACAAGUACACCUCAAAGAUGCUUUUGGCUGCUAUCGACGAACGCGGUGGAGGAACAUAUGAUUUCAUUUAUUUGCCGAUUGAUUUCAAGAACAAGUGCAAUGUGGGAUAUGCAUUCAUCAACAUGCUUGAGCCUAGCCAAGUCAUUACAUUUUAUCAGGCAUUCAAUGGGAAGAAAUGGGAGAAGUUCAACAGCGAGAAGGUGGCAUCGCUUGCUUAUGCUCGGAUACAAGGAAAAGCAGCCCUUACCGCACAUUUUCGGAACUCGACCUUGAUGAACGAGGAUAAGAGAUGUCGGCCUAUACUCUUCAACACCGACGGUCCCAAUGCAGGCGAUCAGGUUCCAUUUCCGGUGGGAGUUAUCGUUCGAACGAGGCCCGGAAAAGCUCGUUCAGCUAACCAUGAGGAGAAUAAUCAAGAAAGCCCUCCGAGUUCAGAAAGCGAAGAUACUUGUUCUUCGAAGGGAUCAUGCUAGCAAAAGCCGGUUUCUUUCGGCCGGAGCUAACCUUUUCGAAAAAUCGCACCCAUCCGAGAUCUUUCUACUGCUGAAACUUCAAGUAAUUCUACGUAUUUUUCUUCAGUCUCACUUGAAAUCUAGGACAGAUAAGGAAAAAGAGAGGGGAAAGCUUCAAAAUUUUGGCUGACAAGGAAGUAACAUAAGAGUAAUGGGAUGUAAUAUUUCUCAAUUAAUUAUUAAUAAAUCGAAUAUUUAUUGACA